GUUCGAAAAUCUUCGGGGAUCGUACACGUUGCCCGCGUAAAAGCGCAUUCGUACGUUGCCGGCGCGCGUGCGACUACCGUCGUUGUGUCGGGUUAUCCGCGAUUACAUGUUUGUUUUUCCAAUACUAUUGUGUUUAUUCGUUGUGUGGUUCGAAAUUCAUCUUCUUCCCGACUUUUAACAUUCAUUAACAUGUUGUCAGUCAAGAUAUUGUGUUGAUUAUUUUACAUCAGCUGCUCACCCAAUGGAUAUUAGAUCGACGUAUUCACUUACGGCUGGAUCAGACACAAUGUGGGUGAGAUGGACGUUGAUUACAAUGAUCGCGUUUUUAACGACAGGCGUGGCCGAAGGACACGUCAACUUGACAAUUCGACGGGAAACAACUAUGUCGUCGUUUGUGAAGGAUAACGACACCGAGUACGAUGAAAUGGCCAACUAUACCGAUGAGGAAUAUCACAAUUAUCUGGUCGACUACAUAACACCCCGAAAAUCCGAAUGGGUAUUUAUAGUCAUGCACUCUAUGGUUUUCGUGGUUGGACUUAUCGGAAACGCUUUAGUCUGCGUGGCCGUCUACAGGAAUCGAACAAUGCGAACUGUAACGAACUAUUUCAUCGUUAACUUGGCGGUGGCUGACUUUUUAGUGAUUUUAAUCUGCUUGCCGCCAACUGUGGUGUGGGAUGUCACAGAAACAUGGUUCAUGGGCACUGUAGCUUGCAAAAUGGUUUUGUACUUUCAGACCGUCUCCGUCACCGUGUCAGUAAUGACGCUGACGGCGAUUUCCAUCGACCGUUGGUACGCCAUCUGUCAUCCUCUAAAGUUCAAAUCUACCACCAGCCGUGCCAGAACGGCCAUUAUUAUCAUAUGGAUCUUGGGACUCGCCUCAGACGUUCCAGAGCUGUUGGUGUUGGAAGCCAUCGAAAAGACGAAACGAUUUUCGUCCAUCUACUUGACCCAGUGCGAAGCUCUGUGGAGCCAAGAGUCUGAGACCAUCUACCAGAUCGCCAAGACCAUCGUGCUUUACAUCCUGCCCCUAUUGCUCAUGUCGGUCGCCUACUAUCAGAUUGUCCGGGUGCUGUGGAAAUCCGACAACAUACCCGGGCACACGGAAACUGUGCAAAUGUUCAACGCCAAUGCUUACAACGGGUUCAACCGGACGGCGACGGUGGGGUGUACCAGUACGAUGGCUCAGAUAAAAGCAAGGAGGAAAGCGGCGAAAAUGUUGGUGGCAGUUGUGGUCAUGUUCGCACUGUGCUUCUUUCCCGUGCACCUGAUGAACUUGUUGAGAUUUACGGUGGGCAUUCAACAGUCGCAGGCAACAGCUCUAGUUUCAAAUUUAAGUCAUUGGCUGUGCUACGCCAACAGCGCAGUGAACCCGUUGAUAUACAAUUUCAUGAGCGGCAAGUACCGUAACGAAUUCAAACGGUUGUUCCUCUGCUGGGGCUCGAACAGACAGAAUCGCCUGCGCCGGGGAGCACACACGUCCCGGAGUGGCACGUACAUUUGCCGUUUCACGAUGACCACGAUGAAGGCAGACAACGUGAGCUUCGGACUGACGCCUGAAGACAUUCAGUGAAUAUAAUACUAUAUAAUGGUGACACGACGGAGACGAGACUAUACAUAAUAAUAUCAUUAUUAUCGCUCGGAGGCAACCUAUUUUUUAAAAUUUUUUUUCGUCUUCUUAUUUUGGCUUCGGCGAUAUAUAAUAUAUUGUAGGUAUGUGUGUUUGUGUGUGUGUAAACAUAUAUAUUAUAUAUAAAAAUACGAUUUGGGGUCAACUUAGGCCCAUUUAUAUAUUAUAUAUGACGACGAGUUUCUAUAUACGUGUGCAUAGAAAAAAAAAAUACGUGCUGGCGAGUGCACUAGGAAUUAUCGAUAUAAUAUAAUAUAUAUCAGUCGUACGUGUCCGGCGGUCUACUAUCAUUCCCCCUCCCCCUAAAUGUAUACCUAUCCCCUUGACAAAAGUCUGACGGCUGUUUCCUAGAGAAUACAACGCAUAUAUAUAUAAUAUAUGUAUUUACAUUUUAUUCAGGUCUUCUGCCACGAUUUCAAAUAUAACGUUUUUAAUAUAUUUGAGUUUUUCUAUACUACAUACAGGGUGAUUCACCGAACAAAAUCACCCCCAUUUUUCCGCUUAACAAUAAAUUUGUCAAAAUCUGAUUUUUGGAACAUUUUAAUAUACGUACCAGCUACUUUACGACUAUGUGUUCAAACUCUUGAGAUUUUUGUACUACUUAUAACGAUAGUGUUCUGUGGUGAUACAAAUUUCUGUUUUUAAAAUGAGAACCCCCCCAAUUUUUACUGUAAAUUAUUUAGUAUAUGAUUUUUUUUUUUAAAUUUUUAUGUUAUCCUUACAGGAGACUUCUUAAGUAGUACCAAAAAUAUCAACAAUUCGAAAAUGUGGUAUUUAUAAGUAUAUUAUUUAGACAUUGCAAAACUCAUAUUUGAAUAACUGGAUUAUGCAUAAAACAGUAGGACGAACAUGCUCGGUGAAUUACCAUGUAUAUACUUUCAAUACUAUAUAUUAUAUUGUUAUGAUUAUACUUUAAUACUACCUAUACAAUAGAAGUAUAAUAUACUAAUAUACUAUACGAUAUUCUUUUCACGUUUAUUCAUAGUGUGUUGAUUAUUAAUUUAUUAUUGUAUAACGCGUAGGUAUGUAUAUAUUAUAAUAGUUAGUAUAUUAUAUUAUUUUGUAUUUCAUAAUACAUAAUAUUAAAUUAAC